AUGGAUAUUUCAGCAAAAGCAUCGUUUACUAUUUUCAAGAAAAAACGAACGAACAUUUAGACAAUUGAAUCAACCGAACCUACUUCGAAGAGACAAAUUUCACCAUAGCAUAAUUAGCGUUUCUUUCAAUCAAAUUUUUCAUCUAAAGGUAAUAAAGACAUUUAUAAUAGCCAUGAUUACAAACAUUAAUAAAGAAAAAUAAAGAAUCAAAUAAUUACUUGAAGAAAAUGUGAAGUUGUUAGAGUAAUGCUCUGAGAAGGAUUUAUAAAUUGGAAGAUUAUAAGCUAAAAUUUAGAAAAAUGUAGAUUUAAGAACUUAAAGAGUCUAAACUCUAAAUAAUUUAUAAACAAUUGAAAAAAAGAACUAUUUCUUCGAUAACUAAAACCCAUAAAAUAUUUCAGACUUACAAUAAAAUGAAGAUAAAUAACUUUUCACUUUUUAUAGUCCAAAACAAAAAUAAAAUUCAUAAGUAUUCAAACUCCCUAAAGUUUUCAGAGCAUUUCCUUAGUAAAAUAAAUAUUUUAUAUGA